AUGCUUUCCUAUUCGGACAAGCUGCACCCCUUCCUCAAGGACUGCCUCAAGGUUGGCUGUCUCAAGGGAUUCAAGCACUUCUCGCUCUACCUCCGCGGCCGUGAGGAGCUGGUGGUUACGGUCCAGAACGGCAACGAGCCGCACAACACGGCAGCUGGCACGCCGGCGGCGUCGCUGGCACGGACUGACUCGGGCAACAUCCUCGACAUGCCACCGGCGUCACCGCUGCCGUCGACACCAGGCUCAGCGCUCGGCAAGCCGGUCACCGUCUAUCUCAUCGGCGGCUAUGCGCGGUACAAGUGCCCGUUUGUCUGGCUCCGCUCGCCAUCGCAGCGUCUGGUCUCGUCCGACAUGGAGUCGCCGCUCAAGCUCUCCACAACCGACCGCUGGCCCAAGGCGCCGUCGAGCGUCAAGGUGUGGGACAUCAUUGCCGAGCUCGUGGACAUGACCACCCGCCCGGUCCCGGUCAACCCGUUUGAGAUCGACGAGGAGUACUUUCUUUCGCUCGACCCCUUUGACCGCUGCCUCGCCACCGCCGCCUCGGUCAACUUUCUCCGCAAGCUCUUCAUUGCCAACUACGUCUUUGCCGACGCUGUCCUCGAGGACCUGCGCGUACUGCUCCAGUGGCACUUUGAGGAUGUGCCGGCUGUCAUCCCGGUCAGAGCUCGGACCGACGCCGACGAUGCCGAAGCCGACACGCCGUAGCGUUGCGCUCUUCCCUUUCAAUACACUCCCUACAGCCCAA